CGGAAACUGAAACCGUCAGGACCUGAAGUGGACUCAAAGCACAAGUGAAAGCAGGAUGAACUCGCUGCGUAAGACGAACGUGAAGUGAAUGCCUCGGGGUAGAAAAACUUCGAAUUCGUUUUUUUAAAAGCGUCUGAGGAAUGUUCAGAGACACUUUCAUGAGGCACGAUGCCAAAGAUUCUUCUCAGUGGAUGUUUGUUUACCGUUCUGGCCUUUUCCUUCCAUCUUCAAGUGUAUGCGAGCGAGUGUGUGACAACGGUGUUGGCCACACGUAACAACCUAUACAUACCCGAAGGUGGCAGCGUGUCUCUGUGGUGUGACGUCCAUCACUGCAAACACAAAUGGACAGGAGGAUGGGGGAUUAGACAAAGACAUUUCACUUUCCUCAACAUGUCUGAAAGAGUCCAACUUUCUUGGAACAAAAUCUCAGACAACAUCACACGCCUCUUCCUCAUCAUCCACAAUGUCAACCAGUCAGAUUCUGGGGCGUACCAGUGCAACAUCAACUGGGAGACGAUCAGCAGCCUGGGUCAUGUCAUAAAGAUCAAUGUGACUGCAGGUAGCACUGAGCUCUUCAUGCCAGGAUCCACAGGGAGGAAACUUUCUUACAGGUUGUUGGUAUGUGCUGCAGCCAGUCUGUGUUUUCCUUUGACUCUGGCUCUGGCAUGUUGUCUCUCCUCUAACUCCCAGCCUCCACCUCCUGUUCCUCCUCCACGCUCCCGAAACAGCUCCACAGCUCGAGUGAAACCAAAUGCUGAUGUGGUGUAUGCGGCAUUGACUAUGAAUCAUCCGAGACAGCAGAGCGCAGCUCAAGCGAUGGAGGCUACGACGUCAGUCAUUUACUCCACAGUGACGUUCUCCACUGCCUGAUCCUCUCAGAAAGAUGUCUUUUAAAAUUGUAUUUAGACUGUGAUUAAGUGGGUUUUUUUUUCAUCUCAGGAAAAAGCAGCUACUCUUGUACAAUUUACCACUAAAGUAAAACCACUAAAAAUAAUUAGAAAAUUAACUGAAAAUCAAUAUCAAUCAACAAUAUCAAAUCAUCUGAUCAAUCAGAAAUAAGAACUGAUGUAUAAAUAACUGUGGUAUAAAUCAUUGUGUGCUUCCUGUUCACCUUUGAGGCACAAACAUGGCGUAAACAUGACAGGAAUACAUUAGCUAAGAAUGAAAUGUACCCCUAACACAAACAGCUAAAACUCUUAUGCUCUUGCUUUGCUGUAUUCUGUAUUUGAGCUAACAAGCUAUUUUAACUAGCGAGUAAUAGAAGCUUCCAGGUUAGCAUUAUGUACAUGGAGUUAUGUAUCUUCUUCAGACUAAUUUGCUUUCUAGCACUUUAAGACACAGGUAUUUACAAAAAUGGAGGUUUCAGAGCUAAAACAUUACAUCUAGAGUUUCCAAGCUAGCCUUUGUAAGCUAGGGAUUUUUUAGAGCUGCUUAUAUACAAACAUGUGUUGCAGCAUGCUAAUUUGCUAAGUUGCAGUAGAUUUAUCUUACACUGUAGCUACAAUAGCUUCUAUAAAUGCAAACAUCACACACCAAACAUGGAAUAUUGACUCAUGGUACAAAUGGAAAAAAUCCAUUUUACUUUUGAAUAAACCAAUAAGUAAUAUGUAAAAACAAA